UGCAUGACUAAAAGCUAGUCACAAAGCCUGUCUAGUCUGAAGAUAUCUAAUAAUACUAGACAAGAAAUGUUCAAAAUUCUCAUAUUUUGAUGUGAUUUAUCUACUUAAAUUCAUUUUUAACAGUUGAAUAGACUGCAAGAUUUAAGGAUACAAAAUGCUUUGUUUUCAUUCUUGUGAGCUGCUCUGAUGUGGACGUAGACCUAGGCUUAUCUAAAUGCCUAUUAUUAGUAGUAGGCUACCUUUGUCUCCACUCAGCAGAGGAAAUGCAAUUUGCAAGUGAGGAGUUAGUCAACUGUUAGCUGUGAAAUUGGUGGAAAGCAAUGGCCUAAGAUCUACAAAGCAGAAGAAUAGUAUGCGUAGAGCCAGAAUUUAGCUAUAGAAGUGGUGAAAUCAACGGCUGAGGGUAACCGAAAGGUAGCAGAGAAUAAACCUGAAUAGCAACCAAUAGUGUGUGGUGGAAUUUAGUCUGCUUUUCUAAAAAGCCUAAAGAAUAGGCCUCCAGCCUAUUCUCUACAAUGACAAUGGCAAUGGCAAUGGCUAAUAACAUGGAAGGUAUGCGGAGAAAGCCAAAUUUUUCAUUGGACGAAAAAUUAUUUUUGAUCAACUACAUUAAGGAGCAUAAAUCAAUUCAUGAACAGAUUGACCCAUAUGUAGGCGAUCUCACAAAAUCGUUGAACGGAUGGACUGAAAUUGCUGCUGCUUUCGAGAAGCAUUUUCCCGGUAAAACAAGCCGUGAUCCGAAUGAUUUAAGAUCGUGCUGGAAACGCAUACGCGACAAGGCACGCUGUAUAUAUGCUCCAAAUUCUACACCUCUGGCGCCAAAUAAGCAACUCACAAAGCCGAAAUGGUUAGAGAAGAAGAAACCGGUUCCAAAUAUAGUCAGUCAACUUGCAUGGGAAUUUAUGGUCCAGCAAGAAUGUGCACAGGGUACGCAGUUGGGUCAGCAGUGUUACAUAGACGUACGAAAUGAAAACGAUUGGCCCCAACACCCUGACCCGAAGUCCUCUUACGAUCAACAGUUGCACUCUGCGGAAUCACCUGAGCUUUUGGUGAUGGAGCAAGAUGAUUCGGACAUAGGAGAAACCGAUAAUGAUGUUAUUAGGAUAAAGAAGGAAUGGAUAAAUGAAGAUGAUGCAGAAACUGUUGAAGUUUUAUCAGAUACUGAAAAACUGCAAGAUUUUUCUGAGAAUGCAGAAGGUUUGCCAACUUCACCUAAACCAUCAAUACAGGAACAUCAUUCUCUUACAUCCCCGAGCAGAAAGGAUACAAUACCUAAGAUAAUGAUGGUAGAAUCAUUGCAAUCUGAAACACGCAGGAAGCUAGAUAUACCAGGAAUUAUGAGUAGUGAUACCGGUCAUCAUCUUACAACACAUACAAAUGAAGUUACCAGGCAAAUGUCAAAUCAAAAUAAUUUGGAACACAUUCCAGGCCGCUUAAAUGAAAAUAUCCUCAGAAAUCAUGUUGAAACCACUCGUGCAGAUAAAAUACAUACCCAGUUUUCAUCUCAAGAGAUCAAAGGACAGCAUGAAGGUCAAAAGUCAUUUUCUGAGAGCGGUUCAUAUGUAGGUCAAAGGCCAUAUCGAGAGAAAAGUCCAAGGUCACAAGGUAGACAAUUCCCAGAAGAUAAGCAAGAUUCAAGACGUGGAUCUUCUGGACAAGAAAGUAUGGAAGGCAAUAGAUAUUUUCCUGGACAACUCCCUUACCAAGAAGGAGCAUCAACUUCACAGAAAGAAGACAGUAUGAUGAUGUCACACUCCAUUGGAAGUCAACCUGGUUUCAGACCUAACCGAGACAAUUCACCAGGUUUUAGCCAAACUCACCCACCUGGGUUUAGGCCCGACCAGGAUAAUCCUACUGGAUUUAGACCUGGACAGGGUCGACCACCUGGAUUGAGAUCUGGAGAGGCGCAAGUGCCGGCUAGGAACACAAGUGCAAAAACUUCAAGAAAUGCUGUAGAACCUGAAAGACCACAUGCCACAGAUCCAAGGAAUGCGUCUGUUAAAAAAACAGGCAGAAUGAAAGUGGCAAUAAAUGCAUUUGACAGACGACAAUCAAAGUAUUAUCAAGGUUUGAGAUAUAGACGCACAAGAAAUUUAUUUAAUCGGCGAGAACGAGUUUCAGAUGAUUCCAGAAAUGAAAUCAAUCGGACAGUCCUUCCAAAUAAGGAUAUGUUACCUCAUCAAGAAGUUCCUAUGGCUAUGAAUGAAUAUGAUUCUAGUAGUAACCGACACACAAGAGGUCAGAGGUUCAAUCAAGUACAAAAUACUUCCUGGAGAUCAAGAUCUUCUAUUAAUGAAGCAAACGCUGUACUAGAAGACUUUGAACAAACAACAUCGAGCACAGGUUUAUAUCGAUACCCCAGCCAUACAGCAUCAACAUCACCAGUCAUGGAGCCGCUUGAAAAAAGACGAAGAUCCAGCAGCAGUUUUGGCGAAGAUACUGGAUCUAGUACACUUAAGAUGGCGCAAGAGGAGCACAACAUCAAGAUGCAAAUCCACAAACGCAAACUAAGAAUACUUAUUCUGGAACAGUGGGCAUUGGAGCAAGAGUGUCUUCAAGCUGGAUAUGAUCUACCACCAGACUACUAUUAACAUUACUAUGUGAAUUAUUGUCAAGAUUUAUAAGGCUGAAGAGUUGGAAAGGUUGGCAUAGCUGUUGUAAUUCAGUCUUUCAUCAUAAGGCCAUAAUGUAUGAUUUCCUCUCUGGUCAGUUGCUUGUGUCCUUAAAGCAAUAACCAACAGAGUGAUUAACUGAUAGGUUCUGAAGGUUCUAAGCCACAGGGAGCUAAGCAGAAUUUCUUCCAAUGACCAGGGGAGCAUCUAGGUCCUGGCAAUAUAUGCUAUGGCCAGAACUAUUUAUAUGGUGUAGUGUUCAACCACCCAAAUUUUUUAUUUAUUUUUGGAUUACUACAUAGGUUUCUGAGCUUACCUUGUUUGUGCUCCACCACCAGUGUCAUAAUAUAUACAGAAAUAAAAGAAAAGUAUAUCUGUAUCUUCAACACAUUAAAGUAUUGUUUUCCAUGCCAGCAAACAUGCUGACUGUAAUAAAGAAACAACUACUACAUUGAAAUUUAAUUACCGUAUUUAUCCAAAUGCCAUGGGGCACUUAUUGUUGGGUUUUCGAGGGAAUCGUUUAUUCCAGGGAGGCAUUUAUUUUUGUUGGUGUAAACUGGAUAUGUAUAUACUCAAAUAUGGCCCUUAAUUUGACUGUUAAUGUAAAAUUACAACACAUGUAAUUAACGCCAAAAUAUGUUAUCGUCUGAUAAAGACGUACUGAUCCUCAUGUUAGAAUAAAUGUAAUUGCUACUGGAGUAGGACAUUAUUAGAAUUGAGAAUGAUGUUGCUUCCAUUAAAAUUUGUUUGUAUAUGGGGUGGGGGAGGUAUUCAAGGGAAGCAUCUAUUUCAAAUAAGGCUCUGGAGGGGCAUUUAUUUGAGGGGGGAGUUUAUUCAACGCGGGGGUUAUUUAUUAUUAUUAUGAAUGGUACUAGUGCAUUCUAAUAUCAAUAAAUUCACAAUUUUUUCUUUGUAAUUUAAAUUGUUACCAGUAUGACUAUACAAUACAGUAUUUUAAUUUUUGUUCUGCCAGUCGACAUGUGUAUUAUUACAGAUUGAGAAUAUAACAAUAGUGAUUUUAAUAGAAAAAAAAUUGAUAUUUAUGAUCACUUUUAUUACACAAAAAAACUACUACGGUGCAUGUGCAUGGCUAUGUAUCAAUUAAUGAUCAGGGAUAAUGUAAGCCGUGUUCUUAAUGUUGUGGUUUGGUAGUUACUGUAAGAUGUUUACAUUCCAUUCCCAGGAUCCUGGGUUCAAAUCCAUUGAUUGUACCAUCCUAUAAAUUAAGUAGCAAGUGUGUCUAAUUAUUAGAUGAAACAAUCCAUGGAUUUAAACCUAGAAGUUGAAAGCAAGCAUCUUAAGUACUAAUCAAAGGCAACUUACAUAAAGAUCACAGCUUUUAUUAGCAAGUGUGCUGUCUCAGUUAAAACAAACUGGUAAAACUGCUGGUACCCUAGAACUUUUAAACUAGAAUUUAAUGCACAAAUUGAAGUUGGUACUGUAUUCAGCAUGAAAAAUGGUCCUUUUAACUUUCUGAACUAUAAAAACCGUGUUUCAGUAUACUAGUUAUGUGGAUGUCAUUUUCUUACUGUUUGCCCCUCAUUUAUAUUAAUUCUUACCUUGAUUGUCUAUUUUACCUCAUGAAUAUUAUUGAGGCCCACAUACCUUGAUAUCUUAUUUUACAUUACAUUAACUAGCCUCUGAUAGGCUAAUGCAUUAACAGUUAACAAUGGAACAUACUUUAAAUGAAAAAUGUGUAGUAAUUGAAAGAAAUUGUAUUAAUGUGAAGAAUUAAUUUGUUUUGUGCUUUCCUUGUUAAAUUUUAUAAAAAUACUGCUGCAAACCUAUCUGUAAUGGCUUUUGUUAUCAGAUAUCAUGUAUGAGGUCAUUAUUUAUGAUAGCCCUUGCUAGUGCUGUACAAUAAAAAUAUUUUGUGAUGACCUGCCAACAA